AUGCUGGGCGCGGGGCUCGCGCGGGGCCUGCGGGCGGCCGGGGCCGUGGGGCAGCCCCGCUGCUGGGGCCGCGCGGUGGUCGCGGCGCGCGGGGCGGGGGACGGCCGCGUUGGGGCCGCGCCGGGGCCACGUGGGCGCCCGCUGAGCCUGUCGGCCGCGGCCGUGGUGGAGGCGGCGCCGCGCCCGCUGCAGCCCUACCUGCGCCUCAUGCGGCUGGACAAGCCCAUCGGGACCUGGCUGCUGUACCUGCCGUGUACCUGGAGCAUUGCCCUGGCCGCGGAGCCCGGCUGCCUUCCCGACGGACACAUGCUGGCCCUCUUCGGCACGGGCGCCGUCCUGAUGCGUGGAGCCGGCUGCACCAUCAACGACAUGUGGGACCAGGACUUCGACAGGAAGGUCACCAGGACAGCAGGCCGUCCUCUCGCCGCUGGAGACAUUUCCACUCUUCAGUCCUUUGUCUUCCUCGGGGGGCAGCUCACCUUGGCCUUGGGUGUUCUCCUGUGUCUGAACUACUACAGCAUCGUGCUGGGAGCGGCGUCUCUGCUUCUCGUCGUCACCUACCCGCUGAUGAAAAGGGUCACCUACUGGCCCCAGCUCGCCUUGGGGCUGACCUUCAACUGGGGGGCGUUGCUGGGCUGGUCAGCUGUCAAGGGCUCCUGCGACCCCUCCGUCUGCCUGCCCCUUUAUUUCUCCGGAAUCAUGUGGACCCUGAUAUACGACACCAUCUAUGCCCACCAGGACAAGCGGGAUGACGCGCUGAUCGGCCUCAAGUCCACGGCGCUGCUGUUCCGGGACCGCACCAAGCAGUGGCUGGGGGGCUUCGGCGGGGCCAUGCUGGGGGCGCUGGGCCUGGUGGGCGUCAACAGCGGCCAGACCGCCCCCUACUACGCGGCGCUGGCGGCCGCCGGCGCCCAUCUGGCUCACCAGAUUUACACUCUAGACAUCCACAGACCCGAGGAUUGCUGGGGAAAAUUUGCCUCCAACCGAACAGUAGGAAUAAUCCUGUUUUCAGGGAUCGUCCUUGGGAAUUUGUGGAAAGAAAAGAAGACAAAUGAAACAGAGAAAAAUACCGAAAAUUAGCAAGUGGAAUUUUCCUAGGAAUUCUUAAACAGACUUUAUAAACCACUCUUGUUACCUGAGAGUUUGAUAAAUUAAAAUCAUUAGAUUUUAACAUGCAAUUUUUAUGAUAUGUUAAAAAUUGAGAAUCAGAUGAGAGAAAUUUAGAGCCUAUUUGCCCAUAUUUCGGUUAUGAUAUUUGUAGGAAAAGUAUUCCCCGCUGCUGAGAUCAGGAACUUGACGGUGACUUUCGAGAUGACCUUGAAUAUUUAAAUUGAUGCAUUCUGUUUAGUGUAAUUUUCAUUUACAGCUGCAGGAAUUGUAUGAAUUUACGCACUUGGAAGAUGAUAGAUGGAUGUAUGUCUCAUCGAAAUGAAUGUAGCGAACUGGACUUCCAUUAGAGAAAAGUGGAAACUGCUAAGAAAGUUGGAAUUUAUUCUUUAUGAUGGCGUUUUCUGUUUUUAUUUUUAUAUUUUAGGAACACUUAAAAUAAAUAAAUUUUUGCAUAUUGUA